UUUUAACGUCACUGCAACCAGAUAUAUGGGUGCAGCUUUGCUUUACCGCAGCGUGCUGCAGUUGUGUAUAAUUCAGUGUGUUUUGCUUGGAGACCAACAAGAAGGAACAAGAAGGAAGCUGCAGCCCAGAAUAUACAGGAGCUACUCAUUAGAGGUCUUGUUCAACAAGAGGUAGAGAAAGGAAAAAGCACGCACAACCUGUGAAAUUCCUAGAGCUGUAGAGGAGGUAUUCAACAUCCUUCUCAGUGUGGCUUCCAAGUCUGUACUACCAUUCAGUGUUUACAGGAGGAGGUGCAUGUAUUCAGCCCAUCAGCACAGAUUCUGAUGAAAGGGUCUGCAGCAGCUAGGCAGACGACAGACUGCUAAAAUGCUACCUCAGUUACCUCUCAAGUAGCAGUUACAGGCACUGUUUAUCCAGCAAUAUCGAGGAUAAACACGUGAAAAGGAAGCAUGCUAUGAGAAAAGAGCAGAUGUUAAAGCCAUGUCCUUUCACAGAUAAAUAACAAUUAACAAGCUAGGCUGCUGAGAGGAAAAUACAGUAUAAUAUAGCAGGCAGUGCAAAGCCAGGCCUCCACUGAGAAAUACAUAGAGGAUCUCAAGGAUUUUUCAUUGAAAAUGAACUACCUGCCAGGAGAAAAUGCGGUGUUAAAGUGAAGACUUCCUCACCUCAUCUCUGGACUACAUCAGUAAACCUGCUGAUAUUUUACAGCUACAUACACAUAGCCCCUCUCGUUUCAGCAGCCUGGGAUUACAGAAAACUCUUUGUAUGCAACAGACAUGGCCAGCCAGCAAGAUUCAGGCUUCUUUGAAAUCAGCAUCAAAUCAUUGUUAAAAUCCUGGAGUAACGCCUCUCCUGUUGGUAACGGAUAUAUUAAGCCUCCAGUCCCACCCAUUUCAAGUAGUCAGGGAGAAAAAGGACCACCCACCAUGAUGCCUAUCAGUAUUGACCCAGACAGUAAACCAGGGGAAUACAUUCUCAAGAGCCUGUUUGUCAACUUUACAACUCAAGCUGAACGCAAGAUUCGUAUUAUCAUGGCAGAACCCCUGGAAAAGCCAUUAACAAAAUCCUUACAGAGGGGAGAAGACCCUCAAUUCGAUCAAUUGAUAACCACCAUGAGUUCCUUGGCCGAAUACUGCCUACCUUCCAUUCUCCGCACAUUGUUUGACUGGUAUAAACGGCAAAAUGGAAUGGAAGAUGAGUUGCACGAUUACAGACCAAGGCCAGGCGUCAAGUCAAAAAGUGAUGAACAGCAAAGGGACUACUUAUUAGAAAGAAGGGAUCUAGCGAUUGACUUUAUUUUCUCAUUAGUACUAAUUGAAGUGUUAAAACAGAUUCCCCUUCAUCCCGUACAAGAAUGUUUGGUCCAUGAAGUUAUCAACCUGGCCUUUAAGCACUUUAAAUACAAGGAAGGGUACCUUGGUCCUAACACUGGAAAUGUCCACAUUGUGGCUGAUUUGUAUGCUGAAGUGAUAGGUGUUCUUGCACAAUCAAAGUUUCCAGCUGUGAAAAAGAAGUUUGUUGCCGAGUUAAAGGAGUUGAGACAAAAAGAGCACAGUCCUUAUGUAAUACAGAGCACCAUAAGUCUGAUAGUGGGAAUGAAGUUCUUCCGCAUUAAGAUGUAUCCUGUUGAGGAUUUAGAAGCAUCGUUUCAGUUUAUGCAGGAAUGUGCUCAGUAUUUUCUGGAGGUUAAAGACAAAGACAUCAAGCAUGCACUAGCAGGGUUGUUUGUGGAAAUUCUCGUUCCUGUGGCAGCGGCAGUUAAAAAUGAAGUAAAUGUUCCAUGCCUUAGAAACUUUGUUGAAAGUUUAUAUGAAACAACAUUAGAGCUUUCGAUGCGUAAGAAGCAUUCACUGGCUUUGUAUCCAUUGGUGACCUGUCUUCUGUGUGUCAGCCAGAAGGCCUUCUUUUUGAGCAGAUGGCACGUCUUCCUCAACAACUGCUUAUCCAACCUUAAGAAUAAAGAUCCAAAAAUGGCUCGUGUUGCACUAGAAUCACUCUAUCGACUUCUUUGGGUUUACAUGAUUAGAAUUAAAUGUGAAAGCAAUACAGCAACACAAAGUCGACUUUCAAGUAUCACUACAACACUUUUUCCCAAAGGAUCCCGCAGCGUGGUGCCAAGAGAUAUGCCUCUCAACAUCUUUGUAAAAAUCAUUCAGUUCAUUGCACAGGAACGUCUAGAUUUCGCAAUGAAAGAAAUUAUCUUUGACCUUGUUGGUGUUGGGAAGCCAGCAAAAGGUUUCAAUCUUAACCCAGAGAGAAUGAAUAUCGGCUUGAGGGCCUUUCUGGUAAUUGCUGAUAACCUUCAACAAAAGGAUGGUGAGCCACCAAUGCCAAUCACAGGAGCUGUCUUACCCUCAGGCAACACACUCAGAGUCAAGAAGACCUACCUAAGCAAGACCCUGACUGAAGAUGAAGCAAAAAUGAUAGGCAUGGCAUUGUACUACAGCCAGAUUAGGAAAGCUCUGGACAAUAUCCUCAGGCAGCUUGACAAGGAAGUGGGACGCUGUAUGAUGCUGACCAGUGUCCAGAUGUUUAACAAGGAGCCCGAAGACAUGAUCACGGGUGAGAGGAAGCCAAAGAUCGACUUGUUCAGAACAUGUGUAGCUGCUAUUCCACGACUGGUUCCAGAUGGAAUGUCAAAGGUUGAGCUGAUUGACUUACUGUCAAGGCUUACAAUUCACAUGGAUGACGAACUGCGACACAUUGCACAGAAUUCCCUUCAAGGGCUCUUGGUCGACUUUGUUGACUGGAGGGAGGAUGUAUUAUUUGGCUACACUAACUUUCUUCUGCGAGAAGUGAAUGAUACACAUCAAACUCUCCUGGAUUCAUCCCUAAAGCUGCUUCUGCAGUUACUUACACACUGGAGGAUAGCACUUCAGGCACAAGGAAGGGGCUUCGACAGGGCAAAAAUCAGGACUGCAGAGUUGAUUCCCAAUGGAUCAAAUCAUAGGAUUCAGCCUGAAAGAAGCCCUCAUUCCAAUGUACUGCAUGCUGUGGAGGGAUUUGCACUAGUUUUACUCUGCAGCUUCCAGAUUUCUACAAGAAAAGUAGCUGUUUCAAUUCUGAAAGAAAUACGAUCAUUAUUUAUUGCACUAGGACAAGCUGAGGAUGAUGAAAAACCUAUGAUUGAAGUCAUGGAUCAGCUCAGCACUUCCAUUUUUGACAGCUUUGUUCAUGUAGCAGUCCCGGAGUCAGCUACACUGCCAUUUUCGCACAACGUAGAUCUGCAGUGGUUGGUAGAGUGGAAUGCUGUACUCGUUAACAGUCAUUACGAUGUGAAGAGUCCAUCUCACGUUUGGAUAUUUGCACAGUCUGUAAAAGACCCUUGGGUACUAUGCCUCUUCAGUUUUCUCAAACAGGAGAAUUUACCCAAACACUGUCCUACAGCCAUUAGUUAUGCAUGGCCGUAUGCUUUCACCAGGCUUCAACUUCUAAUGCCUCUUGUUGACCCAAAUAGCCCUGUCUAUGCAAAGAAAACUAGCACUGUCAGCAGCGGAGACAACUAUGUAAAUCUGUGGCGAAAUUAUCUUAUUCUUUGCUUUGGUGUAGCAAAACCCAGUAUCAUGAGUCCCGGGCACCUAAGGGCAUCAACACCUGAAAUUAUGCCAACGACUCCUGAUGGUGCUAUUAGCUACGACAACAAGGUCAUAGGAACACCUUCUGUAGCCGUUCUCUUAAAACAGCUGGUUCCUUUAAUGAGAGUUGAAAGCAUUGAAAUCACGGAGUCUCUGGUUUUGGGUUUUGGAAGGACAAACUCACUUGUAUUCAGGGAAUUAGUGGAAGAACUGCACCCAUUAAUGAAGGAAGCCUUGGAAAGAAGACCAGAGAACAAGAAACGUCGGGAGCGCAGGGACUUGCUCAGACUGCAGCUGUUACGAAUCUUCGAACUGCUUGCUGAUGCUGGAGUUGUAAGCGACAACACCUGUGGUGCUCUGGAAAGAGAUACCUUGGCGCUAGGAGCUCUGUUCCUGGAGUAUGUGGACCUUACACGUAUGUUGUUGGAGGCUGAAAAUGACAAAGAUAUGGAAAUCCUCAAAGACAUUCGGGCACAUUUCAGUGGGAUGGUCGCAAACCUGAUUCAGUGCAUUCCAGUCCAUCAUCGCAGAUUCCUCUUCCCUCAACAAAGUCUACGGCACCAUCUUUUCAUAUUGUUUAGCCAGUGGGCAGGCCCAUUCAGCAUUAUGUUUACACCAUUGGACCGCUACAGUGACAGGAAUCACCAGAUCACGAGAUAUCAGUACUGCGCACUGAAGGCAAUGUCAGCUGUCCUGUGCUGCGGACCUGUCUUUGAUAAUGUGGGACUAUCCCCAGAUGGUUAUCUAUACAAGUGGCUUGACAACAUACUGGCUUGCCAAGACCAGAGGGUCCAUCUGCUUGGCUGUGAAGUUGUUGUCCUGUUGCUGGAACUGAACCCAGAUCAGGUCAAUCUUUUUAACUGGGCAGUAGAUCGGUGUUAUACUGGAUCAUACCAGCUAGCCUCUGGCUGUUUCAAGGCUAUUGCAGCAGUAUGUGGAAGCAGGAAUUAUCCAUGUGACAUAAUAACCCUGUUAAACCUAGUCUUGUUUAAAGCAUCAGAUACCAACAGAGAGAUUUAUGAAAUUGCAAUGCAGCUUAUGCAGAUCUUAGAAGUUAAACUGUCUGCUUUCUCCAAAAAAGUAUCGGAACAGAAGCCUGGCAGUAUCCUACACGGCACACAUGAAUCACUCUCUCCAGUCUACAGUAUAUCCCUAGAACAGUUAUCAAGUGAAUUAGCAAGAAUGUACCCCGAGCUCACCUUACCACUUUUCUCAGAGGUCAGUCAGCGAUUCCCAUCCACUCAUCCAAAUGGUCGCCAGAUAAUGCUCAGCUACCUGUUACCAUGGCUACGUAACAUUGAGCUCACAGACAAUGGGCUUCUCCCACCAAGCUCCAGCCCCAGUACUCCUGAAGAAGAAGGUGAAGAAAAUAAAGAGGAAUCAAAACAAAUAGAUGGACUGAAGGGAAGUGGUUGGGGAUCUCCGCAGGCAACAUCACUAGUGCUUAACAACCUCAUGUUCAUGACUGCAAAGUAUGCAGAUGAAGUUCCUGGAUCAGAAGUUGAGAAUGCCUGGAAUGCACUUGCAAAUAAUGAAAAAUGGAGCAACAAUCUUCGGAUAACCAUUCAGUUUCUAAUUAGCUUGUGUGCAGUCAGUAGCGAUACUCCCCUUCUGUCAUAUAUUAAAAAGGUUGUGAUAUAUCUAUCUCGCAGUAACACAAUGCAGACAAUGGAGGAACUGCUGUUUGAAUUACAACAGACAGACCCAGUGAACCCAGUUGUACAGCACUGUGAUAAUCCACCGUUCUACCGCUUUGCUGCCAGCAAUAAGAACGUGCCCGCUGCCUCAGUGACCACAUCAAGCAGUAACACAGUGGUAGCAGGACAGGAUAGCAUUCCUGAUGUGGAAGACAAGACGAUGAAAGAAUCAGAUGAAAAAUACGGUAAUGUAAUCCGGGCUCAUACAAGACUAGAGUCAAGGUACAGCAACAGUUCUGGAGGUUCCUACGAUGAUGAGAAAAAUGAUCCCAUAUCUCCCUAUACUGGUUGGCUGUUGAACGUCACAGAGAAAAAUCUGCCGCAGCCAUUGCCCAUGCCUGCGAAUGGGGGUUGUUGGGCACCAUUAGUGGACUACCUUCCAGAGACAGUUGCCCCCCGAGCACCUCUUCACAGGUGCAAUAUCGCUGUCAUUUUCAUGACAGACAUGGUGGUGGAUCACAGUGUGAGUGAAGACUGGGCUCUACACCUUCCGCUGCUGCUUCAUGCUUUGUUGUUGGGUCUCGAUCACCACCGCCCAGAAGUCUUCGAGCACUGUAAAAAAUUGUUGCUUCAUCUUUUAAUAUCUUUGUCCUGCAAUAACAACUUCAAAGUGAUUGCUUCACUGCUGCUUCUUACCAGAGAGAUGAAUGAAAGUAAAACCCUGACAGUAAAAGCAGCUUAUCAACCCGGAUAUCUGUACAGAGGUGUCUUUGACUUUCUGAGGGAGUACCAGUUCUCCCCAGUGCCAGACUCCGGGUUAAGUUCCAGUUCAACGUCUUCCAGCAUUAGCCUGGGAGGCAGCAGCGGAAAUCUCCCACAAAUUACACAGGAAGUGGAAGAGAUAGACACAACAGCAGAAACUGAUGAGAAAGCAAAUAAGCUGAUUGAAUUUUUAACUACCAGGUCAUAUGGUCCUCUGUGGUACUAUGAAGAUAUCACACCAAAGAACCAGAAUGCCAAGAGUGCUGAACAUUUGUCCAAUUUUCUUCAUCAUGUUGUGUCUGUGUUUAAAGAUUCAAAAUCAGGUCUCCAUUUGGAACAACAGCUCAGUGAGGUGGCCCUGCAGACAGCACUGUCAAGUUCUUCCAGGCACUAUGCAGGCCGUUGUUUUCAGAUAUUCAGGGCCUUGAAGUGUCCGUUGUCUGCACAUGCCUUGUCAGACCUGCUAUCACGGCUGGUGGAAGUUAUAGGAGAGUAUGGUGAUGAAGUGCAGGGUUACGUCAUGGAAGCACUUCUCACCUUGGAAUCAGCAGUGGAUAAUUUAGCAGAUUGUUUAAAGAACACUGACCUCCUGGCUGCCUUAUCACGUGCGUCAUCUCCAGAUUUCGUUUCAAAUGCUAAAUUGUCUGCAAAUCGUAAAAGCACUGGUCAGCUGAAUCUGAAUGCAGGAACUGUAAGUAGCAACAUGGGUACCUCUGAACGCAGCAGACAUCAAAGAAGUUUUUCUGUGCCUAAGAAGUUUGGAGACUUAGAUAAGACAUCUGACCCCCCACGCAGUGCAACCCUAGACAGAAUCCAGGCAUGUACACAACAGGGCCUGUUGUCUAAAACACGAAGUUCGUCAUCCCUAAAAGAGAAUAUAACAGAUCCUUCUUGUGUGAACAAUCCUGUUAACCUUCUUUCUACCAUCUUUUGGGUCGCCAUUGCCCUGAUGGAAUCAGAUUUCGAAUCUGAAUACCAAAUGGCACUGAAACUGCUAAACAAGUUAUUAGUUCAUUUACCUUUGGAUAAAGUUGAAAGCAGGGAAAAGCUGGAAAAGUUACAAGGGCAGCUUAAGUGGGCAAAUUUUUCAGGUCUACAGCAACUCUUACUAAAAGGGUUCACUUCUAUUACUACAAUGGAUCUGACACUUCAGCUGUUCAACCAGCUGACACUCGUUACACGGGUAUCAUUGGUGGAUGUAUCCCUGGCCAUAGGUUUCCCAUUGAAUGUACUAUGUCUACUGCCUCAUCUGAUUCAGAACUUUGACAACCCAACCCAGUUUUGCAAAGAUGUUGCAGACAGGAUUGCCCAGGGCUGUCUAGAGGAAAAGAAUUCUAAAUUGUCCAACCUUGCUCAUGUCAUGACUCUUUAUAAAACCCAUACGUAUACGAGGGAUGUGGCUUCCUGGGUUAAUGUGGUCUGCCGUUACCUCCACGAGGCAUUUGCUGAUGUCACACUCAACCUAGUGACAUACAUGGCUGAGCUUCUGGAGAAGGGUCUUCCCAGUAUGCAGCAGCCACUUUUGCAGAUAAUCCACAGCCUACUGAGUCACAUGGAUCUCGCUGGCAUCCCCGUCAAGCAAUUUAACAUGGAAGUGCUGAAGACUAUUGAAAAGUUUGUACAGAGUGCUCACUGGAAAGAAGCUUUGAACAUUUUAAAAGUAGUGGUAGCUAGGUCUGCCAGCCUAGUUUUACCCUCAUAUCCACAUGCUGAACUGCCACAUGUGGAAAUACAUCGAGUGUGGAGUCAUGCUUCCAAAGAGCUACCAGGAAAGACACUGGAAUUUCAGUUUGACAUUGCACAGACACCAAUUAUUGGAAGAAGGUAUGAUGAUUUGCAAGGAUCUUCAGGUCGAGAUGGGAAACCCAGUGCAAUUGCAGUUACUCGCAGCACGUCAUCAACAUCAUCUGGCUCCAACUCCAAUGUUCUGGUACCAGUAAGCUGGAAAAGGCCUCAGUCCUCCCAAAAAAGAACAAGAGAAAAGUUGGUGCAUGUUCUGACACUGUGUGGACAAGAAGUGGGCCUGAGCAAAAAUCCCUCAGUGAUUUUCUCUUCCUGUGGGGAUCUUGAUCUGAUUGAGCAUCAGGUCAGCUUGGUGUCAUCAGAUGAAGGUGGACGAGAGCAGGAAAACAUGGAUGAUACUAACAGUGAACAACAGUUCCGAGUUUUCAGAGACUUUGACUUCCUGGAUGUGGAACUGGAGGAUGGAGAGGAGUUACAGGGAGAGAGUGUGGACAAUUUCAACUGGGGAGUACGUAGACGAUCGUUGGACAGUCUCGACAAAAGUGAUAUGCAGCAUAUGGAAGACAGACAGCUGUCAGGAAGUACACCCAGUUUACAUAAACUGGGCCACGAGGAUUCUGAUGAAUCAUCUGAGGAAGAGGAGGAUCUUACAAGUAGCCAGACCCUUGAACAUUCUCAGAUCUUGAAUCUUUCUCCCUCGGAGGAUACAAGCCACUUGGACUCCUUGUCAACUUCUUGUGAAACAACUUCUGUCGACCUUCAUUCCAGUCAUACACGAACCCCUAGUCUUGAUGUUUCUUUGCCUGAUGAUAAUCAGCGGGUGCCUGAGGGGCGAAAGGCUACAGCAUCAGUGGAGGAAGAAGACACAAAUGUCCAUGAUGAUGAUUUAUCUGUGACUGAGCUUCCUGCAGCUUUUGAUAGCUUUAGCCCAGAUAUGACAGAAAAUGAAGAAAAGGCACUUCUGGACAUGGAGCAGUCCAGUCUGAUAAACUUUGGAGAUGGCAGCAGAGAUGGGGUUCCAGAAAUAAUCCGCACUUCACCUCCACCUUCCCCCUUCUUUUCCGCCAUUCUUGCUGCAUUCCAACCAGCUGUUUAUGAUGAUGAGGAAGACGCCUGGCGCAGUCAUUUAAAUCAGCUUAUGGCAGAUUCAGACGGGUCUUGUGCAGUAUAUACAUUUCAUGUGUUCUCUUCCCUGUUUAAGUGUAUUAAAAAGAAGUUCUGUUCUCUAACUUGUGAUGCUGCUGGUUACCUUGGAGACAGCCUGCGUGGAAUUGGAACAAAAUUUGUGAGUUCUUCCCAGAUGCUGACUUCAUGUUCAGAAUGUCCAACACUUUUCGUAGAUGCCGAAACGCUUCUGACUUGUGGACUUCUCGAAGGAUUAAAGUUCAGCGUUCUGGAGCUACAAGAAUACCUGGAUACCUACAAUGAUCGAAAAGAGGCUGCCAUCUCUUGGCUUGACAAUUGUAAAGCAACAUUUUCCAAAGGUCCAGAUAAUGGUGUCAUUACUUGUCAGCCUGGGGAUGCAGAAGAAAAGCACAUGGAAUCACUUGCACAAUUGGAACUGUGCCAGAGAUUAUACAAACUCCACUUCCAGCUACUGCUGCUUUUUCAGUCCUACUGUAAACUCAUCGGACAGAUACAUGACGUCAGCUCCACUCCAGAGCUACUUAACAUGUCGAAAGAGCUAAGUGACUUGAAGAAGAACCUGAAGGAGGCUACUCUCACCCUUACAGCUGAGCCGGCAUGUGAGAAAGAUGCAUUAUCUGAGCCGAGCUUCACUUCAUCAGAGGCUGCGAUUCAGUCGAUGCUGGACUGUCUGAAAGGCAAUGAUCUUGCUGCCGCUCUCAGGCAGAUAAGGAAGUGCAGGAGUGUGUGGCCCAAUGAUAUCUUUGGAAGCAGCUCUGAAGAUGAAAUCCACACACUGCUGAAUAUCUACUUCCGUCACCAAACCUUGGGACAGACGGGCACCUUUGCACUGGUGGACUCCAAUCAGAACUUGUCUGAAAUCUGCAACAAGCUGAUGGAGCUUAACCUUGAGAUACGGGAUAUGAUUCGCAGGGCUCAGAGUUACCGUCUCAAGACAACUUUUCUCCCAGAUUCCAGUGUGCCCAGUACAAGUCUCUGACAGGAGGCCUGUGUCUGCCUUCUCUUUCAAGUUGGACGUGCUGCCAUGUUGGAGUGAAUUGCUCCAGUAUCUGGGAAAAACUUGGUCAAGCUGUUCUCACGCUUGCUACCUUUAAGAGCGUCUACAGCAUCAAAUGGACAAGUCUGCAGACUUGCAGCAGUACAGUUCAAGUACAGUGUAAAUGACAAGAGAAUGCACACAAUAUUUACUCUGCAACUCACUACUGAAGAAAAAGGAACUUCUGUCAUAUACCAAAGUUGAAAAUCGGGAAUGCUUCAUCCUUAAUUAGCUACUGAGUCAGAGUGGCAAAAGUGCAAUGUUUCUUUAAAAUGACUGUUCAGCAUAUUUUAGUAGAGUACAGGAGUUUUCUUUUUUUUUGUUGCAUUUUAGGAUAAACUAAAAAUGGGCAGAAUGAAGCUGGACAUAAGAACUCUUGCAGGACUGUAUGGUCAAAAAGCUGACAGCCUACAUAUUGCAACCAAAUCGCACUUGGACUAAGAUUUAAAAUACACUGUACUCUAAACCCACUUACUGUAUCUUUCUACACUGAGCUGCUAUGAAGCACAUUCUUCAGUGUCGCUAGGCUACUGUCUCAGAAGGUACUGGACCACAAUGCGAAGGUCUGUUAUUGUGACCUAUGUACUAUAAAUGGUCUGGGGUAUUUUUUUAAAGGUUGUUUGCUUCUUUUUAUUAGAGGGAUGCUUUUAUCACUAUAUUUAUAUUAUUAAGAAAGCUGUUAAUUUAACUUUUUUUUGUAAAUGAGAGAAAAUGGCCACAUUGGGAAUCUUUUCAGCAGUAAAGCAUGCCUGUUUUUAUUUAGUGGGAAUACUGAAGAGUUGAAUAUUUAAAGGAGAAAAUGUAAGUUAUAAAUGUCAUCUUCUUAAAUGUCUAACACUGUAGUAUAUAGACAAAACGACUCUUUAGCUGAUAACACUUUUAUUAAACUCUAAACAGUCACUAAAUAUUAAAUAUGCGCAUGUAAGUUGUUGCACAUUUAAAAAAUUCCCUUUGAACAAGUGUCUGUGUAACUUAUUCACUAUGUAAAUAAUUUUGCAGUUUUGGUGAAGUUACUUGGGUUGAUAUUUCAUUUUGGAUAGCUUAAAAAAGUUACAAAGUUUAUACACUGAGAAAAAAAUCACAUUUUUGUAUUGUGAGUAUGCUACUGUAAAAACAGAAGGAAAGUGAGACAGGAGGAUUGAGAAGUUAAGUCCUGUUAGAAUUACCCAGAAUCCAAAUUUAAAGACAGCAGUAGGGUAUGAGAUGGUUAUUUGUUUAGCAAUGUCUUUAAUGGAAAUCUAUCCUCUUCACCCAACAUUUUGGAAAUAAUACCUGUUUCCAUGUCAAUAGGCUUUGUUUUUUAUGAAGAUGAUGAUACUAGAAAAACUGAUGUCUUGUGUUCAUUCUGGAAUCCUGCUACUCUAUCAGGAUGGUCGCUUUUUUGAAAAGUUAUUGUCUGUGAUAGAUUCAUUAUCGUACAACAUAAAACCAUAGCAGUUAUAUACAAGUUCAUGCUAACUAAAUUCUUGUCAGUGGAUAACUCUAUGAAAAUUAAAACAAACCCGAUUUAAAGCACAAAUAUUUGAAUUU